AUGGACUUCUCCGAUGUGCUUGCGGGACAGACUCUGGCACAGUGGUCCCCGAAUGCCAAGUAUGUGGCUGCGGCAGACAAGAACCGCGUCCAAGUGCGUGAGCCUGAUUCCUUGAAGCUUGUCCAAGCUGGUCCCGGAGUGAGAAGGCGGAGUGGCAUCAAUGAGGCCCACCUCAGCGUGGAAGGUGGCGAUGGCCUGACGGAGGCGGAGCGGACCGUGGAGAAGAUCGUGGAAGACGUCGACGUCAGCCUCACCGCAGCCCCGAAGGCAGAAGCCGAGACUUGGGCCACAGUUUCCGGUGUUAACCAGAUCGGCCCCAGUCUCGAUGACAUCGUGCCACGGGCCUCCGUCAACUACCUCAUCACGACGGAAGGUGCUGAAGAAUCGGACUCGACCGGAGAAUAUUGGGUGGAAGCCAACAUGUCUGCCAUCGAUGGAUUCAGCUGCAAUGCCUUCACUUCCAAAGUCGAUAGGUUGAUGCAGGCGCUGAAGCCGCUGAACCCGCCCGAACUGUUCAAGAUGUACUGCUGGGAGGAGCAGCUGACCAUCCUCAGCGUCCACCGACCUCUGCCCCCGGGUGCGGAUGGGGCCGUGCAAAUGUUUGCGAGGCAUUUGAAGCACAUGAACUACACGGAGUCCACCCUCAUGGAUGCAGACACGAUGCUGGAGGACAAGGACAAGCCCCUUCUUGAGGAAGUGCUUCAGGGCUUCCGCUUUGAGAUGGACGUCGCCUUGACGAAGGCCCUCGAGGAGGUCAUUGCGGCGAGACUCACCGAGUACGCGCACAGGUACGACCCUUCCGGACCGUCAAUUGACAAGGGCACCUGCGGUGUGGGGGAGAGUCCAUGCAGGUACUCGUGGGAGGGCCCGUGCUGCAGCACUCACAGCUGCCUCGAGCCGACGUCGCCUGAGUCGAACUAUCCGCGCUACCAGGAAGAUCAGUGCCUCUUCAACGCCACCGAUUGCUGGGAGUACUGCAAGGACAUAUUCCAGAUGAAACAGCAGGCGACCAAGGAGAUGGUCCAGAGUGUCGUUUCCAUGUUCAAGGGGGCCUCCUCAGACCUUCGUUUGUCGUACGACGACAGUAAGCGGCGCGAGCUGCUCCGCAGCGUUCCAUUCCUGAACAUGAGCUUCAACGACGUCGUCGCCAAGCUGUCCGUCCCCCUGGAGCAUGUGAAGACGUCGAUGAACGCAGCCCCGCAGCCCUGGUUGGGCCCACUCGCAGAUGUUCCGGAGGGGGCCACCAUUGACUUGGACACGCUGGAUUCUGUGUCGAUCAAGAACCUGCCCGGUGUGAAGGUCCAGAUGACAUUUGCAGACGUUCAUCCAUUCAAAGUGUUGGGAAGCUUGCUCCAGGAUCUCGGCGUGUUGAAACUCAUGCACGAAGCAGCAGCGGCAGCGGAGACAGUGCAAAACGUGGAAGCUGCGGUGGAGCAGGCAGUUCUCAAGGCUGAAGCACCGAUCGAGCAUGCAGUGGAGUCCAUCCAGAAUGAGCUUCCUGAGGUAAUGCCCGGUGCGCCGCAGAAGUUGAUCCCGAUGAAGGCUACAAUUUCAAUGGGCCCUAGUUUGGGCCACUUCGACACCAGUGAAAACAUCUCCUACAUGUUCUUCCAUGGAGAGAAAGCAUCUUCCGACCCCUCAGCCGGCUACCGAAUCGAGCUGAACGUCACAGCCACCGACGCAGAGGCAGCCGCUAGCUUCGUGGAGUUAUGCAACGGCCUACUUGCGCGCUUGAACAUGGGCCCCGUCGCAGAAGUCAGGAACUAUGGCAGCCAGGUCAGCAUCUUGAGCCGUCCUUUGCCUACCCCUAACAAAGCUGCCGCGGACGCACAGAUCAAGAUGAUCAUGAGCCACGUCGGUCACGUGACCUUCACCGUGUCGGCGAACAACAACAUCGAGCAGAUGCUGGCGCACCCGGAUGACUCGAUAUGGAAAGAGGCUAAGACAGGAACUCGAAUGAUGCUGGAUGCAACGCUGACGGAAGCCGUCGAGAAGGCCAUCCUCGAUCGCAUCAAGAAGAAACCUUCAGCAGCUUCAAGCCUCUGCGGAACCAUGGAGGCUCCAUGCUCGGGCAAAGAUGAGGGCACGUGCUGCUCUUUGGCCUACUGCCUUCAUGACAAUGACCCUGACGGGAUCUGGAAGGAUUCGCAGUGCCGUUACAAUUUCACUUGUGCGCCCAUGUGCCCAGAGCAUCAGGUGGGCCACGACUAUACCCAGGCACUGGUCGAGAAGCUGGUGCAGCUCUUUGCGGGUGGCUCCAUGGAUGUGCGCAUGGCCUAUGAUGAGGAGAUGGUCCAGGGUCUCCUUGCCUCUGUUCCCAUGCUCAACAUGACCUUCCGAAGUUUGCAAGAGCAGUACAGGCUCUUGGCGCAGCAGCAUCACCUCGAGAACUUUGCAGGGCACCCGCUGGCUGGACUGGGAGUGGAACUUCUCAGCGCCACGAACAAGUACCUGGUGAGUGUCGAGUCCGUGGAGGUCAAGAACCUCCCGGAUGAUAUCAAGUUCAUGAUGAAGUUGGACAAUGCAAAGCCCUUUCAGUUCAUCUUCGCCCUGGCGGAGGGCAGCGGCAUCAUCGGGUGGAAAAAUGGCUUCUGCUUGGCCGAUCCUCUGGCCGUUUACAUCUGCAUCGACAAAGUCGAGAGGAUCGAGUGGUCGCCAGAUUCGCAGUUUCUGCUGACAGAGGUUGCCCGGCAAGGUCUGCUUCAGAUCUGGAGCCUCAGGGACAGCGAAUGGACCUGCCGAAUCUACGAAGGUCUUGCAGGCAUUGCCCAUGCUCGCUGGGGCCCUGGCACGGAUCGGGUGCUCGUGGCCGUGGACUUCCAGCUGUAUUUGUCGAUCUGGCCGCUGCACGAGGGAGCCUCUGCCGUUCAGAUUCGAUAUCCAAAAUUUUCACGCCGCGGCUUUGCCUUCAGUCGGGAUGCUUGCUGGCUGGCCGUCCUCCGGCGGAAAGACUGCAAG